AUGGCGGACGGUGCUGGCAGAGGCAAGAAGUUCAGUUUUUUGGACGGCAGUUUUCCUCGCCAACAUGGCAAGGCCAAGGGCAGUGGCAGGCAGUCGCAUCCAUCUUCUGCUGCCAGGGGGCCACGGCCUGGGCUGGACCAGGCGGAGCAGGAGGCUGCUUCAAUGGCUGGGCUGGACCAGCGGGCUGCUGCAUUUGGAGCUGGGCUGGACCAGCAGACUGCUGCGGUGGCUGGGAACCCUGGGAGCACCUCCAGCCGCUUCGGUCCAAGCAGGGAUCGUCGUGUGGAGAAUCGCCAAGGCCUCAUGCAGUCUCUCAUCUCGAUGAACACGACGAUGGUCCAAGAGAGACAGGCAUUGCGCAUUGCCAAGGAGGAGAUGGCGGAGAAGCAUCGCAUCGCCAUGGAGCAGGCCCAGGAUGACUUCGAGCAGCAGAUUCAGAAGGCGGUGGAGGUUGCACGGUGCGAGGAGCGGCAGAUCGCCGAGGCGGAGAGGAGGGAGCUGGUGGCCGAGCACGAGAGGUCUCUGAAACUGGCUCAGGAUGCGGCUCCUCGGGCACAAGAUUCCUAUGAAAAUGCUCGCAAAGCAUGGAAGCUGGUGGAGCAAAACUACAAGAACCUUCUCGCUGCAAAGGACCGGGCGGUCAAAGCUGCCGAAAGCAAGGCUGAGAACUUCAAGGAGCAGCUGGAGUCUGCAAAAUCCACAGCCGAGGCCCACUAUGGCAUCCGCAAUGCGCUCCGGCAGGAGGUGCAUGCACAGGCUGAGCAGAUUGGUCAUCUCAAGACCGAAGUCCAGCACCUGAAGGCUGAGCUGACGGCGAUGGACGAGCCGGCUGCAGCGAAGAAGCGUCAGCGAAAGCGGAAUGGUGCUUCACGGACACGGAACACCCAGCUCCGGUUGCGUUCGGAGCUCAUUCGGGCAUUGCAACGUAGUGUAGACUUCCUUCUGCUGGUUCUCCGGCUCUUCUUUGCUCGGCCCAGCUCGUUGCUGCCUGCUCGCUGUUCGGUUCCAGCUUUCUGCUUCUGGCUUUUGUUGUUUCCAUUCGCCAUGGCUUCUGCGGAGGACUCGAUCAUUCUCGAUUUCUCCAAUAUGGACAUUCCAGGUCCUUUCGAUAGCGACCGUGACGAGGAGUUCUCCAACGACGGGGAUAGUUCUGAUGACCAUAUCGAACCUUGGGUUCGCUAUCCGAAGCCUGGUGGAAUCGGCAAGUCUUCUGACGGUGGCAUGUCAGAGGUUACCGAUGGGAAGUCCGUGGCGGAUGGAACAGAAUCUUCGGCUGGCCAGGCUGGGAACUCUUUGGAUGGCAAGCCUUCCGCCGUCAAGGCCAAGGCCAAGGCCCAGGCCAAGGCUGCUUCCGAUGGCAAGCCCAUGGCUUCGGCUGGCAGCCGCGAGACCCCGGCUGCACCACAUGACAAUUCCGAGAUGCCAGGCGGAACGCCGACUCCGGAAGCCGAUGAAAAAUCACAGCGUGCCCAAGCCAUCCUGGCAUAUUACAAUGGGUUGUUCGGGCGCAAUGACUUCGUCUUCAUUGAUGCCGACGGCGGCUUUCAUUGUGCUGAGCCUGCUGAAGAUGAUGUGGCCAUGCGGAGCUGA